CAGGCCAUGGCUCCCAGCCCAACACAGCCCUGCCACCACCCGCAGGCGCCCUUCUUCCCCGACACCCUGCGCCACACCGGCCACCCGCAGCAAGCCGCUGCCACCACCCUCCGCAUUCUGCAGCACCUCUUCGACGUCUUCAGCAGCACCAGCACCCCCGGCCACUGGGACGCACAGGCACGCCACCAGCUCCUCAGCCUCCUCCAGCAC